AUGCAGUCAUCUCAGCUGGACCCCUUGCCCAAGGAUUUACCGUUUCGGUUUAUAUCGAAGACAAUCGGUCGUGGGGCUUAUGCCUCGAUCAAGAAGGCCAUUCCAUUGGAAGAGUCCAGUCCCGUAUUUGCUGUCAAGCUUAUUCAUAAGGGUUACGCUAUUAAACAUGGCCGGAUAUCAGCCAAGCAGAUCAACAUGGAGGUUUCCCUUCAUUCACACAUUGGCCAGCAUCCCAAUAUCAUCGAGUGGUUCGCCGCUGGUGAGGACAAUGUCUGGAAAUGGAUAGCCAUGGAGUACGCCGCGGGAGGCGAUCUCUUUGACAAAAUAGAGGCCGAUGUUGGUGUGCCGGAAAAAAUAGCACAUUUGUACUUCCUGCAACUGAUCGGGAGUGUCAGCUUCAUGCACUCCAAAGGCGUGGCACACCGAGACUUGAAGCCGGAGAACAUUCUCCUGUCGGAGAGCGGUGACUUGAAACUGGCAGACUUUGGUAUGGCUACCAUGUUCGAAUACAAGGGCCAACGGAAACUUAGCGCUACCAUGUGUGGCAGCCCACCAUAUAUUGCACCUGAAGUCCUAGAAACAGCAAGGUCAGAUCAACGGGCUAUACAAUCCAGGUACUCGGCGGAUCUUGUUGACAUAUGGUCCUGUGGUGUCAUCCUCUUUGUGCUCCUCGCAGGGAACACGCCAUGGGACGAACCAACCAAGGGAAGUUGGGAAUUCCAGGAGUAUAUCCGGACGGAUGGGCGCAGCACAGAUAGUCUUUGGCAAAGGAUACCCUCGGAGGCGUUAUCGCUACUACGAGGGAUGAUGAACGUUGACCCUCGCAAGCGCUUCUCAUUUACCAAGAUCCGCCAGCAUCCAUGGUACACGCAGCACAACAGCCUCUUGACUGCCGAUGGUAGGGUCUCGGACCCUAUUCAUCUCGCAACGCAGAUGAUGAAGAACCUUCACAUUGAUCUCUCCCAGGCCCCCACACCGUCACAAAGGCAAAGCCAAGACGAUUCAAUGGACCUAGAUGGAGGUUCAGACGCCUGGGCGGCAAAAUUUUCUGCUACACAACCCGAGACGCCCACCAUUACCGAUGCGCUCUUCGACUGGGAGAGGCCAAGCCUGCGUACUUUGGGUGCCUUUGAGGUGUCUUCAACCCAGCCUGUGCGCAGGGGCAUGAGCUCGGGGGCGUCCACGAAGGCGAACCGCGCGCGUGCGGCAGACAUGUACGAGAUGCUCAGUGAGACUGAGCCGUCCAUGAGCCAGUUUGCUUCAACGCCUGGCGUGCCCAUGAGCCUGACGCAACGCGCGAACCGUUUCCAUGACAUCGUUCCAUCAUAUUCACUUACCCGAUUUUUCUCACACAUUCCGCCGGCUCUGCUCAUACAGAUGCUCAGUGACGCUCUGCACCAGCUCAAUAUCCCGCAGCCACCAGCGCCCCGGCCGGUAGACGGCGACCACAUCGCUUUACUAAAGGUAAAGGGCGUGGAUACUCGCAACCAGGGCCUGCAUGGUGACAUCAUGAUAGACAAGAUAGUGUUUGAGGGGGAUCAUGAACUGUUGGAGGUCAGGUUCGUCAAGGUCAAGGGCGAUCCUCUGGAGUGGCGUCGUCUAUUCAAGAAGGUUGCACUGUUAUGCAAGGACGCCAUCUUCAACAGCGAUGCAUAG